AUGUUAGACGCAGUAAGAAGGCAGGCGCAUCGCGCCGCGUCCCAUGGCGGUAAUGGAGCCAUGAACUACAACCCUUUCGCCCGGACACGAUCAAGGGAGCAGGCCUACGAUGAAGAGAACUUGACUCGCACACGAUCAGAGGCCGAUCACAUUCCAGUCAUCCAGGAGCAACGAGGAUUCGAGAGCAGAGAAGCCGCCAAAGAGUUCGGAACGCCGCAUCAUCACCCUACAGAUCCCGCCCAGGUAUCACCAACCACAGCAUAUGGAGCUCCGCAAUUUCCAGAGCCAUCCAAGCCAGAGACAGAAGCCACGCUACAGGUGGAUGGCGAUGUUAGAGACGGGAGUGAUAGUACUGUAGCGGGAUCAGAUGGUGUAACAAAGCGCGGCAAAUUCAAGAAGCUGCUGCGAAAGCACGAGCACGAAAACACAGACGACGAUACGCUUGCGAACCAACAGUCCGAAGACCUCACGCUGGAGGAACGCAAGCGCAAGGCACACAAGCGCAAGAUUCCGAUCGGGCAGCAGGUCCGCUUCGUCUUGUUCGGCGCAUGGAUCAACGUCCUCCUGGUCUUUGUCCCAGUUGGAUUCGCGGUCUUCUACGCUGGUCUCAAACCUGUUCCCGUCUUUAUCAUCAACUUCAUCGCUAUCAUUCCGCUCGCGGCUAUGCUCAGUAAUGCAACCGAGGAGUUGGCCAUCAGAGUCGGCGAGACGAUGGGUGGAUUACUCAAUGCCACCUUCGGAAACGCUGUCGAGUUGAUCGUGUCGAUCCAGGCCUUGAUCAAGAACGAGAUUACCAUCGUCAAGACUUCACUCAUUGGCAGUAUGCUCUCGAACUUGCUUCUUGUCCUCGGUAUGUCCUUCUUCUUGGGUGGCGUCAACCGUCCCGAGCAGUUCUUCAACGUCACAGUCGCACAGACAGCUGCGUCACUCCUUGCGCUCUGUAUCGCCUCGCUUAUCAUUCCUACCGUUUUCCACAAUACCAUUGCCGAAGACAAUGUCGACGAAGGCGAUGCUCUCAGAAAUCAGGAGCUUUCUCACGGAACCGCGGUCAUCCUCCUGAUCGUUUACGGAUGCUACCUCUUGUUCCAGCUGAAGACUCACGCCAAUAUGUACAACGCUCCGAGUCAGAAGGUUCCCAAGCGCAAGUCAUCUAAGCUUGAAGAAGGUGCAGCCGAACGUGGUGUAGCUGCUAUCGGUGCUGGUACAGCUGCUGCGUCUGGCGGAGGCGUCAAUCUCAAGAAUCUCUUGCAGAAGCAGCCCAACGACGAUGAUGAGGAGGAGGAGGAGGAAUUCGAGACUCCAUCUUUAUCCGUCAUCGGCGCUCUUGUCACUCUCGCCAUCUCGACCACUCUUGUCGCCUUCUGCUCCGAGUUCAUGGUCGACAGUAUCGACGGUCUCACUGCCACCGGCGGUGUUUCUACUACUUUCGUUGGCCUGAUUCUCCUCCCCAUCGUCGGUAACGCCGCUGAGCACGCCACUGCUGUCACCGUCGCUAUGAAGGACAAGAUGGAUCUCUCCAUUGGUGUUGCCGUCGGUUCGUCCAUGCAGAUCGCCCUUCUUGUGUUUCCAUUCAUCAUAAUUCUCGGCUGGAUCAUGGGAAAAGACUGCAUGACCCUGUACUUCGACACCUUCCAGAUUGCCACUCUAUUCGUCUCGGUACUUCUGGUCAACUACCUUAUCCAGGAUGGAAAGUCUCAUUGGCUCGAAGGCGUCCUACUCAUGGCGAGUUAUAUCAUCAUUGCAGUCGCUGCUUGGUUCUACCCCGAGAUUGCGGAGAACCAGUGCUAA